UUUCAAUCCGGAGAUGCUCCGCACGAAGAUGGUGGCCGCGGACUUCAUCGACCUCAAGGUCCGCGAGCUCAAGCGAGAAAGAGACUACCUCAACGGCAGGAUCGGUUGUAUGCAGAGCUGGUUCAACAAGAUGAAGAGGAAUCUGGAGGACGGCGGGCCGCACAUCCCUGCGCGCCAUGAGGCUCUGCUGAUGUUUGGGCCCCGGAUGUAUCUAAAUCUCAACCAGAUUGGAACCAUGGACCUCAAGGAGUUCAAGGAGCAUCGGCAGGAGAUACUCGAUGAGUACUUGCACUUGCGCGUGCCAGCUGCUAGCGCUGAGCUGGACUACUACAAGCAGCCGGCCGCAAUGUGGAGAGAGUUUCAGGACCAGCUAUCCCUGAAGAAGAUCAACAUGCAUUUUCUCAAGAUCAAGAUAGAAGGCCUGGUGCUCCUUCGUGAUCGUAUAUCUGUUGGCAUCAAGUUCCUGGAGAGGCUCUCCACCGCGAGGAUUUACAUGGGCUGCGGGGACGCCGAUUUCGGAUCCUUUCGUGACAUUGGCAUUGGGGACGACAUGGACAUCGAUGAUUGACAGAACGAAGCUACAAAGUGAUGUUCGCCUCUGUGCUCUCCAGCUGUGAAUCCGCUUGUGUCCGUCUUUGAGUUACUCCGUCUAUGAGAUUUCAGGGUGUGUGUGAGGGUGCAGGUGCAUCUCUUUGAGUUGUGAAACUCAGCAAGUUUUGUGGGGGAGGUGCUUGUCCUUUGUGUUCCCUGGUGCUAGCCUUAACGAGUAGGUGUAGUGUUGUUUGUCUUUGAGCUUCAGGCUGCUAGGUGGUGGCCUCGUAGGAGGAGUAGGUGUAGCAUGGUUGUUGGAUGCAAUAAGUCGUUUGA